AUGAUAUUCACACCGGAAAAUGUAAAAAAGCUGCAAGACAUAGUUGUGGUGGUAUACCGGGGGAAGUACGGAAAUUACGAGGUGGCUGCGCAUCCAAAAAGACUGUACGAGUACCGGCGUAACACUGCGUGCUUGGAAGAAGUGCUGUGCACUGAAAGUAUCUUUUCAGAUAUUAGCCGGGGAAAACUUGCCAGCAAAAAAAGCAUAAAAGACGAGUUCAACACCACGGAAAGAAAAGCGCUGGAGAUAAUACUGAGCCAGGGGACUGAAAGAAAAGACAGCGCAACAAGAGAGUACGAGCAGCAGAACGCCAGAAAAGCUGUUGCAGAGGGGCUUGUGCAGAGAGUCCGAAAAGGGGGCAAUAAAGUGCUCACCCACCAGGAGGCCGAAGAAGUUUUAAAGAAGAUAAACUACACGCCAAGUGCAAAGCCCAUAAAAAUACAGCUCUCUGACGUGCUGAAGAAGGCUGUGCAUCUAGGAUACAGCCGCAGAGCGCUUAGAGUCAAAGUUGACAAGGAAAUGGACUGGUCUGAGAUUGUAGAUACGCUCCCACACGGCUCCUUUUUUAGAAAAGCAGAAAAUGUUAUAGAGGCCUCAGAUGAUUUGUACGGCGCCAUAAACAGACUGGCAGCCGCGAGCGGGGCAGAGAUAGAAGAGCUCCCCGAAGUAGAAGAUGCUGAGAUAGAGCUGUAA